CAGCUGAUUGCUCGACACGACGGAUUGUCUCUUGCGUUAUUAUUUGCUUUUUUUUAAAAUAGACAAAAAAAAAACAAAACACUUUUCCAGUGCCUUAAGACAGAAAAAGAGAGACAGAGAAAAUAGUGAGAAAAAAAAGACAUUUUCCUUCUUCGACAUAAAAGAAAUUUUCUAAUUUUUCCUUUACUGGCAAUUAAUGACAAAAAAAAGAAAAGUUAAAAAGAUUUCCAGGAAUUUUUCAAUCGUGAAUUGAGUGCCAACUUUACGUGAUUUUUCCGACCUUAAUGGUUGCCGUUCGAUAGUUUGAAAGAGGAUAAUGGAGGCCGGAGAUGGGGGAGUGCACAUGCUCUAAAAUUGCCAUCAUGCAGCUGUUCCAUGAGCUGAAGCAGCAAUUUCCAACAUUAUCCGAUCACAUUGUUGCCGAAUGUAUCGCCCAGGUAGAUAGUGCCUAGAUGUCCAUCUCCAACGAUAACAACUAUUCUCAACGUUCGAUGAUAACAAAUUUUUCCUCCAAACAACGAGAUCCAAUCCGACAAUUCCUGAUUUAAAAAAAACGCUUCCUGCAUGAGCGUGAUAUACAUGAAGGACACAAUAAAGAGACAUGUGCAAGAAGUCUACGAGAAACACAAGAACGUCGUCCUUCACCGGGAGCGUUUCCACCGCCUGGACCAAACCAGGAACAAUUACGUGGUGUCACUAUGAAUCAGGAACAAGUCGCAAUUAUAUUACCAGCGACACAAACACAACCCAAUAGACCUGGUACACUUGAUAUUGGCUCAAAUCGUCGCCUUAUUAAUUGUACCAGAGUUCCACCUAUUAAUUACACACAAAUCGAUGCAAAUUCUGGAGCGUAUCAGGAAGUUUUUGCUAAUGCCACUGAACCAAGUGGAUUUGAAGUUAAUGUUAAUGUUGCCUGUAAGCCAGUGAAAAAUACAGAACCUCAUUCAAACUACUGUGAACCCUACAUUGUUAAUCUACCAACCGAGCAGAAUCGGAGUUUCACGUCCGUGAGCUUAACACUAAGGCCACCCUCAUCAGAGCCACAGGCACCAAUUGACAUUCGAUCACAACGUUCCAGUCUCACUUAUUCGACAUCAUCGUCUAAUCCACGGGGUUUUCAAAGCCGGGUACAAAUUAGCAUUGGUCCAGGAAACGUUGGAACUGUUGCCGCAGCACGAAUUCGACCUCCAAUGGGUCCCACACGACCCAGUAGUCUUCUACCCUCGGGACAAUAUAGUUCGGUACGUAGAACCGCUGGACUACCUACAGGACCACCGAGUCAAUUGUCACGACCUACGAUGACAAUGAGUGCACCAACAACGCCUUUAGUGGGUCCAUCGGGUGUUAAUUUACAUUCAUCAGCGACGAGUCUACCGACAACGCCAAUUGGAUCACAAUCGAACGAAUCGAUGGCUUCAACUUCAAAUGAUGAUCGUCUAAUUGCAACGAAUCAGGAUUUAUCACUGAUUAGUGAAAAUCAACGACAGCUUAUUGCCGAACAAUUGGAGAGGAAGAAUCGAUUGGCUCGUGAAGUUGAGGCCGAGAAAGGACGACUCGAAUCAAUGAAAAAGGAAAUUGAAUUACUGUUACGUCCGUUCGAUUCAACAAUGUCACCUGAGGCAUAUAAACAACAAUUGCAGAGGGAAAUAUUUCAACUACAGGUCGAAUGCAAUAAAAUGGCGAAUGAAAUCGAUCAGAAUUCAGAACCAGGAGUUGCAGUUAAUGAAUCAAAUGAGGAAUUCUAUCGUGGUAUUUACACUGGACAACCAUUUGGUCCACGUCCAGUGUUAAUUCCACCACCAUUGCCAACGGAACCGCCAGCAUGGCAAGUACCAAUUAACAGAGCAGGCAAUCAUCAUCAUCAUCAUCAUCCGGAGGAGAGAGAUGGACCCUCGUGGGUUUGUCGAAUGUGUACAUUUAAAAAUCAUCCACUUAUGAAAAGAUGUGAACAAUGCGAUUUAUUGCGAAUAAUACCACCAUCAAAUUUAACGUCAGGUAGGAAAUUUACAAAUUGUCCGUCUGACAUUCGAAAUGACAAUAAUCCAUUUCUCCUAUCGAGAUCGACCACCGAGUCUAAAGAUAUCUCUCGUAAAUAAUAUUUUUUUAAAAAAAAUUAUUUUCAAGAAACAAAUUUUUUGUAAAUAUCUCUUAAUAUCGGAGGUUGUGAAACUCGAGGAGGCGCAUGAUUUUUCCCAAAACUUAAAAAGGUUGAAAAUUUAAUUGAUCGAAUUACAUUAAGUCGAUAUUUUAUUUGUUCGAUAUUCUAAAUGAUAGAAAUUUAGAAGCAUCGAAUUUUAUAUCCAUCGAAAUUUAAUUUGGUCGAUAUUUUUAAAAGCUCAACACUUUUUUUAGCUAUACGAGUUACUUUUCUAUGUAGUUUGUCGGUAAAGUACAUUGAAAUUUUGCGGGAAAUUUGAAAUUAUUGAUGUAAAUAAUAAUAACAACAUAGAGAGGAAAAUCGUAUAUCGACCAAAUUAAAUUUCGAUGGAUAUAAAAUUCGAUGCUUCUAAAUUUCUAUCAUUUAAAAUAUCGACCACUUUAAAUUUGGAUCAUUUAGAAUAUCGAACUAAUAAAAUUUCGACCACUUUAAAUGUCGAUCAUUUAGAAUUUCGACCAAAUAAAAUAUCGACUUAAAGUAAUUCGAUCAAUUAAAAUUUCCAACUUUUUAAUUUUUGGAAAAAAUCAUGCGCCUCAUUUUUGUAAAUAUCUCUUAAUAUCGGAGGUUGUAAAACUCGAGGAAAAAAUUUGUGUGUUCAUUAGGUUUUCUUUUUUUUUUUUUUUUUUGCUUUCGAUCGCAUGCAAUGAAGAAAGAAUUGGACAAUGGAAUUUUGAGGCGAAUUUUUAUUUUUCGAAAUUGGAAUUUGACACAUUUUAAACGAAUUUUUUUUUGAUACAGAAUUGUUAAAACGCUGAAUUUUUAUUUUUCGAUAUUGCAAAUGGCCGAAAAAACAAACGACAGAAAGGAUUUCUUUUGACGACUUUUUUCAAAAUUGACCAAUCAGAAAUUAUUCAGAAAAAUUGUGAAUGGUCAAUUUUAAAAAAACGCGCCAAAAUCUUACCGUCGUCUGUUCAUUCGGUGAUUUGAAAUUUCGGACAAAUAAAAAUUUGUCGUUUUAACAAUUUUGUAUCGAAAAAAAUUCGUUUAAAGAGAAAUUCUGUCAAAUUCUAAUUUGAAAAAUUGAAAAUUCGUUUAAAAAAUAAUUAUAACUAAUAAAAAUUCUUUGAAAUAAAAAUUCUAAUGAUUUUUAUGUAAUAAUCAUGCGCCUUAAUUAAUAUAAAAAUGCGUGAUUAAUUUUUUUCUUCGACGAUUGUUCGAUUCUUUCUUUAUGAAUUAAUAGUUGACGAAAUAAUUACGCAUCGUGAAAAUAAUUAUAAUAUUUAAUAGCAUGGAAGUGAUUUUUGUAAUAAUAAUAAUAAUUUUUACUUAAUAUUGACCAAAUGACGAUAUCAUAAAGCGAUUAAUAUACCAAAUAUAUAUUAAUAAAAACUCAAGUGCCUAGA